AUGCCUCGUCCGCCCAAGAAGUCUGGGCAGAAAUCUGUCUCCAAAGCUGGGGGAAAGGCUUUGAAGGCAAAGGUCACGGAGUGCAAGGAGCUGACUGGUGGGUCGGCUGGGCCGGCUGGGUCGACAAAAGCGCUCAUCCAGGAGGUCAUUGCAGCAUGUGAGGACUGGGUGUCGCAACCCCAGCCACACGCUGUUCUUCCUGUGAUGGCCGUCCAAGAGCUCUCACACAUGGCCUGGGAAGUCAAGAUGAAUUCCUGGCGGUCCAAGGAGGCCUUGGGCGGUGAAGCGGCACAGGCCUUCACAGAACUUGUGGACAGUGGGGGCACGAUUGCCGGGGUUUUCAAGGCCUUGCAGGGCAAAUGCCUGACCACAGGAGACCUGGAUAAACACAGGCCGGAAUCGUCGCAAGCGAAGCUCCAGAACGAUGCCGUGGGCCUCACGUUGGUUGGCAUGAUCCUGGACCUGUCAGCCACUAACCAGCUCGACAGAGAUGGCUCCGCUGAGCUGUGUAGCCCGAACUUUCAGCCUGGAGAAGAGGUGGUCGCUCAAUCGGUGUCCUUCCUUUGGCACGAGGUGCGGUUUACCUUGCCCAUGCUCCUCGAUGCCAAGGCGGCGAGCUCGGAAGCAGCGGCGACAUGUGCUAAAGUGACCCGUGCGCUACGCUCCAUCCACCACCUCUUUGCCGCUCGACGUUAUGCAAGCCGCGCGCUGCCCGCUACCUGCCUUGCUCAUCGCACUGCAGUCCUGGCAGCACAGUGCUCGUCCAUCGCUUCCUUGCUUUCCUCCUGCACUCCGGCUAUCGUCAAGACACCGCUGGUGGCCCUGGGCGCAGCAGCCGGUGACCUCUUGGUGGCGCUCCUGGGCUAUGGCUGCACCGAGCCACAGCUGCAGUCCACGGCCUUUGCUGAGCUGUGCAAGCUGGCGAAGAACCCAAAAAUGCUCGUGAACGGCUUGGGAGGGAAGGGUCCUUCGGGUCCUUCCGGUCCUUCCUUUCUGGCCAUGGCUCUGCGUGCCGUCGGCGCCACCCUGCUUCCCUUGAACCUUGGCCCAAGCCGCGGUGCCCAGACUGCAGAGGCAGCACGACUGCAGGCGGAGUGUGUGGCAUCGGCCGAGGCGCGUGCCGGAAACCUGGCAGCGGCCAUCCUUCAGGUCUUGGUAGACUCCCAAAGUGACUUCUCACAGCUCGAGGCGCUGUUGAUGCAGCUGGUGUCCGCUUGCACGGAUCCGAAGUGGGCAGCCGCACCGCUCUUGGCCCUGCGCAUGAUCGGAGCCCUGAGGCGGGUGGCCGGCGCUUCCCGCGGUGUGGACUUGGAGUGUGCUCGGCGCGAGGAGGCCACACGGCUUCUUGGGAAGGCCGCCGAGGCACUGUGCUCGCAGCAUUUGGAAGCGACAAGAGCCACUUCCGCCGCCCCCAGCACCUGCAAAUCUUGCCAAAGCCAAAUGUUUUGCACGCCCUGCGACGUCUGCGUGCUCCGCCGAGCGACGCCGGCACGCCUGGGAGCAGUUUGCACUGACAGCGUGGGUGCGCAGGGCAUGCUGACACUUGCUGGCUUCCAAAAGAGGGAGGACGUAGGUCACGAGGGUGGAUUGCUGGCCCCCUCCUCUACGGACUUGCGUGGUAGUGCUGUUCCCGCGAGCUGCGCAAGUUGCAACGCCGCAGCUUUGCUCUGUUUGGCUGCGGGCAAGUCGUCCGUUGUCAAGGGCAGUCCCAAAGCCAAGCGGGCCAAGGCCCAUAUGAAAACCUCGCUGCAGGCGUCAGAUCGUAGUCUUCCACUCCUUCAGUCUUGGACGGGCUACAGCAUCCUGCAUGCGGAGGAUUACGUCAUUGCCAUCAAAGUUCCACACGAGUCCGCAAGCAAGAGUGCCGCUCAGACCUUGGCAGGUAUUCUACUUGCGACAUUGGUAGGGCUGAUCAGCUACGAGUUGCUGUGGGCCACAGAAGGUGGGUUCGCGACGCCGUUGGAGGCCAUGAAAUCGGGCAAGGUAGAGGAGUUGCUGUACAUCCCUGCUGUGCAGAUGGAGAAGGGCGAGAAGCCAGAUUAUCUUGCUACCGUUGACCUGAACCCAGAAAGCUCGACCUAUGGCCAAGUCAUCCAUCGCCUGUACAUGGCGGAACCAGGCGAUGAGCUGCAUCACCUCGGUUGGAACGCAUGCUCCUCGAGGGCCGGCCGACACAUUCCUUCCUCAUCGCUCCUGGCGUCCGGAAACAUCCACAUCAUCGACGUGCGGUCAGACCCUCGCGCCCCGCAGAUCCACAAGACCAUCCCGGGAACCGAGCUUCUGGCCAAGGUGGGCGUGGCUCUGCCACACACGACGCACUGCGCUCCAGACGAGAUCAUCAUGUCUUUUAUGGGAAGUGGGACGGCCAAGGAUGGGUUCGAGCCCAGCGGUGCAGGCUUCGUCUCUUUCGAUCCCAAAACCUUCGAAAUCAAGCAACGCUGGGAAGCUGCUGACACCCCGGCGACCCCGCAACGUUUUGGGUAUGAUUUCUGGUACCAGCCACGCCACAAUGUGAUGAUCUCCUCUGAAUGGGGCGAUCCAGGCUGCUUCACGAAGGGUUUUGACCCGACUCACGUCGGAGAGGGGCGUUAUGGUAGCAAGCUCUACGUCUGGGACUGGGCCAAGCGCACCUUGAAGCAGGAGCUCGACGUAGGAGCGGGCUCCAUUCCGCUCGAGGUCCGCUUCCUGCACGAUCCAGACAAGGCAGAGGGCUACACUGGAUGCGCGCUGAGCUCGGAGAUUGUGCGCUUCACCCAGGGUGAGGACGGACAUUGGGUGGCCAAGACGGUCAUUAAGGUGGAGCCAAUACCAGUCGAGGGCUGGGCCUUGCCGGAGAUGCCGGGACUCAUCACAGAUUUUGCGAUUUCCUUGGACGACCGCUUCCUGUAUCUCUCCAACUGGCUUCAUGGAGACGUACGCCAGUAUGACAUCACUGGGGAACCACGGCUCGUGGGCCAGUUCUUUGUGGGGGGCUCAUUGAAACGCGGGGGCGCCGUCACCAGGAAAGAUGGCCUUGCCCAGCCAGAGCCUUUGGUCGUCAAGGGCGUAGAAAUUCAGGGGGGAUCCCAAAUGGUGCAGCUCUCCCUCGAUGGGAAACGUCUCUAUGUGUCCACUUCACUUUUCUCCUCCUGGGACAAGCAGUUCUACCCGGAAAUGGCUGGCCGGGGGGCGCAGCUGAUCCAGCUGGAUGUCGACACGGAGAAGGGUGGGCUGUCCUUGAACCCCAACUUUGUGGUCGACUUCGGGGCAGAGCCGGAUGGCCCGGUACUGUGCCAUGAGAUGAGAUUCCCAGGAGGGGACUGCACCAGCGACAUUUGGAUUUAG